AUGCGUUUCCAACUUCUUGCAACGCUGGCCUUGGCCUCGAGUGCGCUUGCGCAGACUCGCAAGCUCAAGUGGUUUGGCAUCAAUGAGUCUGGCGCCGAGUUCGGCGAGGGAACGUACCCAGGAACUUACGGAAAGCACUACAUUUGGUACGACUACAACACGAUCGACCAGUUCAUUGCCCAGGGCAUGAACAUGUUCCGUCUGAACUUUGCCAUGGAGCGCCUCACUCCUAAUAGCCUGACCGGCGCCUUCGACCAAUACUACCUCGGCAACCUCACCGAGCAGGUAAACUACAUCACUAAGAAGGGCGCCUACGCCAUGAUCCAGCCGCACAACUACGGCCGCUUCUACUCAAACAUCAUCACCGACACCGCGGGCUUCAAGACUUGGUGGCAAAACGUCGCCGCAAAGUUCAAAGACAACGAGCUCGUCGUUUUCGACACCAACAACGAGUACCACGACAUGGACCAAACGCUCGUCUUCAACCUCAACCAAGCCGCCAUCGACGGCGUUCGCGCAGCAGGCGCUACAAAGCAGUACAUCACCCCCGAGGGCAACAGCUGGUCCGGCGCGUGGACAUGGGUGUCCUCGGGCAACGGCGCGUCCCUUGUCAACCUCAAGGACCCGCAAAAUAAGCUCGUCUACCAGAUGCACCAGUACCUCGACACUGACGGCUCCGGCACACACGCGGAGUGCGUGUCCACCACGAUCUUCAAAGAGCGGUUGCAGGCUGCGACGCAGUGGCUCAAGGACAACAAGAAGGUUGGCGUGAUUGGAGAGUUUGCCGGCGGGAACAACACGCAGUGCAUCACUGCCCUGCAGAAUGGGCUCAGCUACCUUGGACAGAAUUCGGAUGUUUGGUACGGCGCGCUGUGGUGGGCUGCGGGGCCGUGGUGGGCGGACUAUAUGUACAACAUGGAGCCGACUAGUGGAACCGCGUGGAAGGUGGUGCUGCCGAAGAUUAAGAGUUAUUUCGUGUCGUAGGGGAUGUUGAAAGGAGGGGAUUCGC